GUUGAGUUCAUGAUGUAAUUGCAUAAUUCCGAACAGUUCAGAAGAUCGAGGUGGUUUGUAGGGAUCGGCUAGAGAAAAGCAACAAACAGCAACCAUAAGGUAAAGAUAGGCAGUGUAAUACGAACUAAAAUGACGGAGGAGGAGGUAUUUACUGUGGCUCCAAAAGAUUCUGAGAAGGAUGAGCUUCUUCCAAGCCGUUCAAAAUCAUCGCCAAGCUCAGGCUGUACAUUCUGGUUGGUGUUUACAGCAGCUGUUAUAGUGUUCGGCUCGUCUUUUCAAUUUGGAUAUGGUACUUCGUGUAUCAAUGGACCAGAAACGGACAUAAGAAAUUAUUUCCGUGAGAACUCGAGUUUCAGCCAGUUAAUGUGGUCCACUGCUGUGGCAAUUUUUGCAGUUGGAGGAAUGCUUGGUGCUCUCAUCGGUCCAGUUAUUGCUGAUUCCCUGGGCAGUAAACGAACUUUGUUGCUGAACAACCUCCCAGCCAUGGUUGGAUCUUUGAUGAUGUUUUUUUCAUACCAUGCAAAAGCUCCUUCAUUACUUGUCAUUGGACGGCUUGUGGUUGGAUUUAAUGGUGGUGUAAAUACAGCUGUGGCCCCUGUGUACUUGUCAGAGAUUGCUCCUGUAAGAUUAAGAGGUUCUCUUGGUGUGCUUAAUCAAUUUGGAGUUGUCACUGGAAUUCUUGUGGGAUUUAUAUUUGGACUUACUCAGGUAUUUGGCACAGAAAGUCGCUGGUCGUACUCAGUUGGUUUUGGAUUUGUUGUAGCACUACUGCAAGUCUUGACCCUCCCAUUUUGUCCAAGAAGUCCACGUUAUCUGUUACUCAAACUUAACAAAGAACCAGAGACAGUGGAAGCCUUGACAAUGCUUAGAGGAACCAGUGAUGUAAUGGUAGACAUUCAAGAAAUGAGGAUUGAACAGGAGCAUCAGCUGAGAGAAAAGAGGAUCAGUGCCUUUAAAUUAAUUACAAUCCAAGCACUAAGAAUGCCACUUCUUAUCAGUGUUGUGUUACAGUUAGGACAGCAGUUGAGUGGAAUAAAUGCAGUGUUUUAUUAUUCAACAUCAAUACUUGAGAAGGCUGGUGUGGAAGAAAGCAGAGUAGCCUCUUGUGCAGUUGGUGUUGUUAGUGUGGUUAUGACUGCUGUCACAGUUAAAACAGUGGAAAUUAUUGGAAGAAGAUCAUUGAUGCUUGUAGGAUUUGGAGGAAUGUUUGUGUUUUAUGCUCUGAUGACAAUAUCCUUUCGUUAUGAGAAUUUGUCUGGAAUGAAUUAUGUAUCUGUCAUAGCCUUGUUGUUGCUUGUGAUAUUUUUUCAAGUUGGUCCAGGGGCAAUUCCUUGGUUCAUAACAGCUGAGCUGUUCACUCAAGGCUCCAGAGCUGCAGCUGUUAGCAUAGCAGGUACCGCCAACUGGCUUUCAAACUUUGUGGUUGGACUUGUGUUUCCAUCAAUGCAGGAUGCAUUGUAUCCCUAUACCUUCCUGGUGUUCAUGGCACUAGUGGCAUUCUCUUUUGCCUUCACGUUACUUUUCGUUCCUGAGACUAAAGGAAGGACUAUUGAGGAAAUAACAAGACUCUUUAAACGUAAGGAUGAGGAGGGAAAUACUUCAAGUUCAUGUAGCUGAGGUAAUAGCAGAGAAUGGAUCAACAGAACUUAUUAAUUUAAUGUACACAGUGACUAUGAAUGUGGUACAAGUACAAUAAAUAAUCAGGAUAGAGUUAUUAAACGUUAUUAAUAAGAAAGGUUCGAGAAAUGCUAAUCAAUUGAUGUGCUCUGUCGCCAUUGGAAUGAAAACCUUUUACCUUUGUUUUUACGUAGAUCUGUUAGUUUACCUUGGUGUAAUUAUGGAAAACUAUUUGAUAAAUUUUACUUGCUGGUUG